AUACUGUUACAUUAUAUAAAGAAUGAGGUGUCUCAGUCCAACCAGUUGCAGAAGUUCUGAAGAUUGAUGAUCAUUUAGGAUAACGGUCAACCGCUAUUUAACAGGUCGAGUUAAAAUGAAAGAGGCAAUGAGAUGGACAUCGCUGCUCCUCACCUCUCUAAUUGUAACAGAGGCAUAUUCAGCCAGGAUUAUUGGGGGCCAGGAGGUUUUGCCUUAUUCCAUAAAAUAUCAAGCAUCCCUGCAAUCUGAAACCAGGCGUCACUACUGUGGAGGGACACUGAUCCACGCAGAGUGGGUAGUGUCUGCUGCCCACUGCUGGAAGCCGAGUUCUUCGUUGACGGUGGUGCUGAGUGAACACAGUUUGAGUCAGGAAGAGGGUUAUGAGCAGGUAUUCAACGUCUCCAGGAUAUACGUCGCCAACUAUAACUAUAGGACAUUCAGCAAUGACAUCAUGCUCAUCAAGCUGAGUAGACCGGCCAGCCUCAACGCCCACGUUCAGCCCGUCAGACUUCCAAACGGCAUACAUGCCGGAAUGACCUGUACAGUGAGCGGCUGGGGGGUGACACAGACCUAUAGCAGCGUUCUGUCCCCCGUGCUGCGGGCCGUGGACGUGCAGAUCAUCCCGAGAUGCUACUACUACUACUGGGGCCGCAUCACCCGUAACAUGAUCUGCGCUGGCUCCCGGUUUGGGGGCAAGGACUCCUGCCAGGGAGACUCUGGAGGUCCGCUGGUCUGCAAUGGAUACCUGGAGGGAAUCGUCUCAUGGGGCAUUAGUUGUGCCAAUCCGUACUACCCGGGUGUCUAUACCAAAGUCUCGGCCUACGUCAAUUGGAUCAAUUGGGUUAUCAAUAGCUAAAGGCUGACUGGGAAGCAUGCAGGGAAUGUGAAUUCAAAGAUAGGUAUAGCAAACUCAUGCCCUUAGGCCCACUUCACUUUCGACUGUAAAGUAAUCAUAUAGUUGUGCCAUAGUCUUCGGUUUGGUCGUAUUUUGUUCAUUUAGAACAAUGAAAGGUAUAGGCGUACUUCAGGCCCAUAGUUUUAUUGAGAUUUAUACAAAACUUAGACUUCUUUUUAAUAUGAGACAUUGAAUAGUGAUUUCUGGCAAUUAACACACUUUUUCUGAAUGUUUGCUUUUCUUAACAGAAUAUACUCCCUUUUAAGUUCCAUCACAAAACCUUAGCAAAAUGGUCAUUUUGUUUUCAGCUGUUAACUCAAAUGCUAAAAUGUGUCAUAAGCGCCUAAUACAUCUGGUAGGUUUUUUGGACUAUGUCUGUCAGUAUGCACACAUAUAAACCAAUAAAGUGAUAUUCCACGUCAGUAUGGACAUAAGGUUAUUCCAAGCUGCUGAUUAAAAGGUUAUCAAAAAACAAGCAAGAAAAAGCGGGUAACAUCACAAAGCGGCCUCACAUAAAACCUAAAAUUAUCAAACUUCUUCACGAACAUUUUUAGUUUUCUUUGCAUGAAAAAUUAUCAUUUAAAUUCACAAACAACAUAUGUGUAAUCCAGGGCAUAUAAAGACUGGGACCAGAAAAUAAUUAUUUUCUCUCCAUUGACACCCAUUCAUAUUUUUCGAUCUCAUAGGUCCCAUGAGCUCUACCGGAAGACCGGUGACUUCGCCACUCUAUGCGCGACCAGCAGGGGCGAUUCUAGUUUUCAUAAACAUCCUGGGUUUAGCCCAGAGGGAAAAGAAAAGUAUCCCUCUGGGCACACAAAAUUAUUAUUUAUAUUUUUGUCUGCUUUAUUGUGCAUGCACAUGUUUUCAGAAUGCUUUCCCUAAAUAAAAUACGAAGUUUAUUAUAGCUA